CUCCCCUCCUCGACCUUCGCCAUACGUCGACGAACAGACACUGAAACGACGGAUGCCGCUCUGCGCACGGUAGUCGGGCUCGUCCGAACUUAUUUUCUCGACUGAGGUUUGGAAAGAUGGCUUUCAUUUUUACUAUGCGUUCGACGGGGAGCAGUAUGCAUCGCAGAGAUCCAGCGUCCGGUAGCUCUUUGCCUGCCAUUUCUGAGGAUAGUGCUUCGUUCUUGGAACCCAGAUCCGUGCCUGCAAUUCCUGAUCGCGCGAUUACGAGACCUUCGACGAGGAUAUGGGCAUUGGGUUCGCCCCCAGUCCACACGUUCGAGGAACCCCCGCCGUAUAAUCAGUUUGAUGGAGAGGGUGUACUGGGGCCGAGGGGCGAGAAGUUAUCAAAUGUGAGGAGAGGUGUCAAGGAGAACAAAUGGAUUGCAAAAAGAGGAGGGUGGAAGAGAUUGGCUUUGAUCGCAUUGAUUGUGAUAGCGUGCAUCGUGGGAUUGGCAGUUGGUCUGGCAGUUGGGCUGAAGCAUCACAGCAGUUCCAAAGAUACCAAUUCCGGCAAUAGCAGUAGUCCUUCAGGCGGAGCAUCAGGAACAGUUGGAGGCCCAGGAAAUCCGGCUUCAAACACCACGUUCCCCGCGGGCUCUUACAGAUUCGAUACCUUCCUCGAUACAGUUUCUACAGAUUGCACAAAUAACUCUGCAACCUGGCUCUGCUACCCCUACUCCACCUAUGCGCAAAAUGCUGGGGCCUCUGCCGCAACAUUCGAGUGGAUCAUCUACCCUGACAACAACUCCCCAAAUUACACCAUCUCCUCCACCGAUAACUACUUCUCCAUCGUCUUCAGCAACCUCACCCUCUCCCUCAUGAAUUCCGGUGCCAGCGACGAGCACUACUUCUUCCAAACCAUGAUGUCGAAACCCACAAAGCCUGCCGUGCAACUAGGGAGCCAGAACGUCGCCAGUACAUGCUAUUUCAACCAAACCACAUUCCAGGCAUAUCUAUACACCAAGAUGCCAAAAUCAUAUCCUCCCAGCACCACGAAUACCACAGAUCCCAGUGGGGCAUUUAUUGAGUGGCCAUAUGCGGUAAAGGUCGAGCAGGUCGCGGGUGCGGGACCGAAUGUCCCGACUUGUGUGGGCCCUUCUGGACAAGUACUGGGCGAUUUUAGUGUUGCCGACGAAACGCAGCUUUGUGAUUGUUUGUAUCUGAAUACGGGGACUUGAUACUCUGAUCUGCUAUUUGGUGGUUCUUCUCGGGUUUAGCGUGGGUUGGCGCUGGGUGUGCAUUCUAGGAAUAAUUUUCAAAUUAAUGUCGACACGGCUGAGUGUGUAUCGGAUAGGGAGGAGUGUAUAUAGGAUUGCGGUGUCUGUGUAGUGUAAUGUAUAGCAUUAACGUUCACACCAUCGAGAUCUGUAUUUGUCUAUUCUCCACCGCAACUCUCAUAUGAGAUG